AUGGCGGAGACAAUUAUAAACACACCUCGUGAUCCGAACACCUUGAGCAACUACAACAACUUCCGCACCACUCACACCUCAGCUAAAUUUGACAUCGUCUUCAAUGAGCAGAAGUUGGUUGGAUCAGUGACCCAUACUCUCAAAUCUAUCACCAAGGGCGAAACCAAGGAACUCCUCCUGGAUUGCUCCCAUGUUUUAGUCAAAGAUGUCUCCGUGGAGGGCGGCAAAGUGAAAUGGGAGCUGCUUCCCCGCCUCGAGCCCUAUGGCACCGCAUUGAAGAUCAAGCUGGACAAGCCAAUCGACCUAGACGCCUCCAUCAAGGUGGCUAUCGAUGUUGAAACGACUGCCGCCUGUACCGCUCUGCAAUGGUUGACUCCGGCUCAGACCUCGAACAAAAAGCAUCCCUAUAUGUUCUCGCAAUGCCAGGCCAUCCAUGCUCGAUCCAUCUUCCCAUGCCAGGACACUCCAGACGUCAAGGCCACCUUCGACUUCACGAUUAAGUCGCCCUUGUCAGUCAUAGCCUCUGGUCUUGCAGCAUCUUCGAACCCGACAAAGCCGUCUGCCACAGGUGCUUCAGAGGUCUACAAGUUUGAGCAGAAGGUUCCGAUCCCCAGCUACCUAUUCGCUCUUGCUUCAGGAGACCUGGGAUUUGCUCCCAUCGGACCAAUCUCGACAGUCGCAACAGGGCCCGAUGAGCUCGAAGAAUGCAAGCACGAACUCGAUGCCGACACGGAGAAGUUCAUUAAGGCUGCAGAAGCAAUUGUCUAUCCCUAUGCAUGGGGCGAGUACAACGUGCUUGUCCUUCCACCCUCAUUUCCCUACGGCGGCAUGGAGAACCCGAUCUACACUUUCGCCACACCAACCAUCAUUAGCGGCGACCGCCAAAACGUGGACGUGAUCGCCCACGAGCUCUCCCACUCCUGGUCGGGCAACCUCGUCUCCAACGCCAGCUGGGAGCACUUCUGGCUCAACGAAGGCUGGACAACAUACCUCGAGCGUCGCAUCCAAGCCUCAGUUCACGGCUCCAACGACUGGCGCGACUUCUCCGCCAUUAUCGGCUGGAAGGCCCUCACCGACUCCAUCGCCCAAUUCGGCGACACCCACGAAUUCACCAAACUCGUCCAGAACCUCAAAGGCAAAGACCCCGACGACGCCUUCAGCAGCAUCCCCUACGAAAAGGGCUUCGUCUUCCUCUACUACCUCGAAACAAUCCUCACCCAACCUGUCUUCGACAAGUUCAUCCCCCACUACUUCACCGUCUGGAAAGGCCGCUCUCUCGACUCCUACGACUUCAAAGCCACGCUCCUCGACUUCUUCAAACCCACCGCGUACCCCGCGGAGCACAAACUCCUCACGGACACCCUCGCCGAGCAGUGGCGCAAAUUCAUCGAUACCCCCGAAGGCGCCGAUCCGAACUUCGGCCCCGUCUGGACUGAUGUCGACGGGUGGUCUGCCAACCAGCUCGUCGUGUUCUUGGAGGCAAUUCUAAACUUCGCAAAACCGCUACCCCCGCCGCACGCGAACUACAUGGGCAUGAUCUACAAGCUCAAUGAGUCCAAGAACGUGGAGGUGCUGAGUCGGUACUACCAAGUGGAGAUGAAGGCGGGCGAUUGGAAUGUCCAUGUUGCGGUGACGGACCUCUUGGGGAGGGUGGGAAGGAUGAAGUUUGUGAGACCGCUGUAUCGGGGGUUGAUGAGCAUGGGGGCGGUGGAGAUUGCGAGGGAGUGUUUUGAGAAGAACAAGGAUUUCUACCAUCCGAUUUGUCGGCAGAUGAUUGUGAGGGAGAUUAUGGGGAAGCAGUGA